CGCUCGCCUGUCCCCUGCAACCUGCAUGCUCUCUUGCUGCCAUCUCCCAGAUCGCGACUUGCAUCCGAAUGAUCGGAUCAGGAUUCAGGAUAAAGGAGAGCCAGCUAGUGGGGCAGCCGGCAGUGAGUAGGUUGGUAGGUAUACGUGCACGUCUCGCCAACGCACCGCAAGCCGGCGAGGCAGCAGCCGCAGAGAGAAAAGGGGAAGCGACCCCGACGGGCGCGAUGGGGAGGAGCGGCGCCGGCGGCGAGGCGGCGGGGACGAGGCAGCAGCAGUUCGGGAGCAUGGACGAGUUCUGGGGCUUCUACCUGAGCCAGCACUCCAAGCCGGGGACGCGGCGGUGGCACUUCCUCGGCACGCUGGCCUCGCUCGCCUGCGCGGCGCUCGCGGCCGCCACGGGCCGCGCCGCGCCGCUCCUCGCGGCGCCCGUGCUCGGGUACGGCAUGGCGUGGUACAGCCACUUCUUCGUGGAGGGCAACCGCCCGGCCACGUUCGGCCACCCCGUGUGGUCCCUGCUCUGCGACUACCGCAUGUUCGGGCUCAUCCUCACCGGCCGGAUCGACGCCGAGCUCGACCGGCUCCGAAUCCAGCCUCGGCCCGACGCCCCGGCGACCUCUGCGCACCAGGACUGAUCCGCCUUGACGCUUGUCCAUCUUCCAUGCAGUGUUGGAGGACUCCUAAAUCGAUCAUACCAUUACCAUGGAGCAGUUUGUGCCUGCUUCCUGGUAAUAUUGAUACCAGUAAUCACACAGGUUGUAUCUCUAGAGACAGACAAUCAGAUAUACCAUGUUCAUGGUUUCUGUGCUUUAUUUCUCCGAUCUUAUUCUACUUUUCUGUUUGGUUUGCCUACAAAAGAAGUCUCACUAGUUUUUUUAUUUGAUAAAAAAGAAGUCUCACUAGUUCAUUGA